AUUCGAUACUAGAACGUUAAAAAACAAGAGGAAAAUAGAAAAAAAAACCCAACUGUGAUUAUUAUCUAAAAAAAAAUCAGUUUACUAAAGCUAUUAGUAUUGAUUAAACAAAACUGGUAUAAAAUGUGGUAUUCCUAGUUUGUCUCUUCAAAUAGGGUUGCUGUAAAAUACUAUGUUUUUAAUUUUGGGAGUUCCCUUAACUGUGGUGUAGUAUAAAUACACCAAUAGUAACAACUGGUAUCAUAUGAUACUGCUAUGUCAAUGAUGCUCAGUGGCUGUUUCCAAAGAACCUGAAAUCAACAUGGGAUUAAUUUAACGGCCCAUAGAAAUGUUUUAGUCCCCACUGUGGUUUAGCCUACUUUUUAAAGAAAAUAUGUAUUAACAAAUCGGAAGCCAUGUCAUUUUCAAGAAAACAUAUGAAACUAGCAAGAAAAAUACACUCUUAGCAGGAAUAUCUUUAUUGAAGCUAUAUACUCUUUAAUUUAAAUAUGAUUUUUACAUGGAACAUGUGGAAUCUGAGGGUCUAUUUUUUUAUUUUAUUUCCCUUUGCAUCCACUGCAUACAAAAACUGACUGAGACGUCUGACUUUCUUUAUGGGUUUUUGCAGCAGUCACAAUCCUUUUGUUGCCUCUGGAUAUGUCACUAUUCUCAGUUAUGACCACAGCCAUAAUAAGGCAUUUCUGACAAGUGUCUUAUUUCAUUCUUUCCACUGCUUCUUUAUACAUUGGUAAGCUAAGUGGUCUACCCACCCCAACCUACUGGGACCAAAGGAUUUGGUUCCUUUGAUGAGCCAAAGCCCUUUCAUCCUCACAAACAUACUAGAUCAAUGGGUGUGAAGGCAACAAUGUAAAGUGGUACCUGCAGGAAACUGUUAGUGUUGAGUUAAUAUUUCUGCCUGAGAUGGGCUGACAGUGAAUGAUAGGAGGCAACUCUAAGACAUGUCUGCUGUAUACUAGCGACAACUAAGGCAGUAAUGAAGGUUACAUCUGCCAUAAUAGACCAGGAUACACUUUAAGGUGGAGGAGAAAAUAAUCAACCAAAUCUCUGAAACGAAAAGAAAUGAAAAAAAGGAAAGGAAAGAAAAGUUGGCAGUAAUGCGACUUUACAAUUGCCAACUAUCAGCAAACACCAAAAAAAAAAAAAAAAAUCAAGGACACACUAAAGCUCAAGAAUUCCCAAACAAGUGAAUAUCAGAGUGAAGUGAAGUGUUUUACUGGUCAUGUAUUAGGUCACACGAGGGACUACAAUGACACAACAACAAGAGAAAAUGGCAAAGGAGGAUAAUGUUUCCCAGGACAUGGAUACGAUUGGCGUCGUUCUCACAGACAUCAUUGAGCGCACAACCAGAGAUGUCAAUCACAUGAUGCAAAUGGUUCACCACUGGAAUUUAGAGGAAUGUACAUCGGGUGAGGAAAAUAAUGGUAAAAGCAACCUUGGCCCAGGCACACUAGAAAGGGUGGAUGAGUAUCUGGAUGAUUUUUUUUCAAGCAGGAGAGUGUUUACUGAAGAACAAGGUGGGGAGGUUCCACUAACCAGAGAGAAUAUCCAACACAAGGGGAACCAAAAGAAACAGAAGAGAGCAACAUCAAAGGUGAAGAAGAGAAGAGCUUCACCUCUUUCCACCUCCACCAACACUACAGGAAUGGUUGACGCCAUGCAAAACUUCCUUCCAACUAUGUUGACUGUGGUUCAGAAUAUUCCAGAUCCCAAUAUAAGGAAAACCUGCCCCGAUAAGGUCUCACAGAAAACUAUCAGUUUAUCUAAAUCUGUCCUAAGCAAUGCUGGAGAUUCUCAAGUCAGCACAACAAAGCCAUCAACCAUCCAUCCCAGGGCUCCACUGGACAAAAACACCUUCAAUUUAGAAGACAUUUCUGCAGAAAUAACUAAAAACACCCAACUUUGCAUCGCCUCCACAAUGGAGUACAUCAUGGCCACCAUGACAACCCCUGCAGAAGAGCAACCAAACCCCACUCUACCUGUUGCCGAGAUGGUCAUGAAUCAUAACCUUUCUGCCUUUGCUCAAGCUUUGUUGGAUGGAUUCAUUAAAGCAGAAGGGGACAUGAAAAGAGACAUCCCUGACAUGACACAUAUUUGCAAUGAAGCUUUUAAAGAAACAUGCACAAACACCCAAGCACUAAUCGAUGUUGGCAGAAAUGACCAGGCUAAGGACAGAGGCCUUCUCUCUUCUGACACCUCCAGAUUGCAAGAGAUAAGAAACGUUAAUGGAAACAUCCAACCUGGAACAACAACUGCUGCAGAAAAUAAUGUGGAUAGUGCAUUUGUCGUAGUGACGGACACUUUAGCUGAGGUCGAUAAGGAGUCUAGCACUGUCUCUUCAAAUGUGUCUCUAGAAAUGGAUUUAUUACAAGAGACUGAAACAGUUGAUACAAUUCUAACAGACAUCGUCCAGCAGGCAAGCAUAGAUGUCAUUCACAUGAUGCAGAGAGUCCAUCGGUGGGAUUAUGAAGAGUCUCCCACGUCUGAUGAGAAGGGGGAUAAAAACGUUCUUGGCCCAGUAACCAUGCAGAGGGUCGAUAACUAUAUAGAUCGUUUUUUUGCCAGGCGGAAGAGGUUUGGUCACGAGCAUCGUUCAAAGUAUCAGUUGGCAGAAGAUUACAGUCCAGGAAAAAGAGAGCCCAAAAAUACGAGGAGACAAGACAAAAGAAAAGUGGACAAGAAACGAGUGCCCCAGGAAACUUCUUCACAUAGUAAUGCUGAAAUAGUUGAAGCCAUUCGCAACUUCCUGCCUUCUAUGCUGGACAUUGUUAGGACCGGGCCUGCUAAAGCUAAGGUCAACAAGACAACUCAGAAACUAGUGACCUUUGAUGGCACGAGGGACAUCUCUUCAGCUGCAGCACUGGAUGGCAGGAAUUUGGAUGUGACAAGCACAGCUGCCGGAGGCUCUGGAAGAUCAGACGUCAUACACAUGGUCCAAGACUGGGAUUUAGACCAACGCCGCAAACCUGAAGAAAUCAAAGAUAAAAACACCCAUGGUCCAGUCACACUACAGAAGGUAGAUGACUAUUUGGAUUGUUAUUUCUCAAAAAGAAGUACUUUGACUAAAGAAGAGGAGAGUCAGGAAGACACCAGACACAGAAAACGAACAAAAAAGCUAAAUAAGACACUGAAAAAAGAGAAGAAGAAGAUAACACCUCCCAAAUACACUCUAUGUAACACUACUGAAAUUGUUGAAGCCAUACGCAGCUUCCUUCCAGCAAUGUUGGAUGCGGUCCAGAGUACUCCCACUAAAAGCAAGGCAGCAGACAGCUGUUCUAAAACCUCUGAGGAACCCACAAGAACCAGUGGGACUCUGUCGAAGAACAGCAGAGACGGGGGCUCAUCCCAGAAAAGAACCACCUCCAGAUCAAAGAUCAAGAGAACUCCUACAGCUGUUUCCCCUUUACAUCCACCUGAGGGAGCUGCUGAGCUAAAUGGCACAUGUGGCAACUCUGUAGCAGUGUCACGGGUCAGCAAAUCUGGAAAUAUGAACGUCACCUUCACUACCAGUAGUAGCUCUCCAACUGUCAGACAAAAAUCUGGACUUUCAGCACUAGGUGGUGCUACCUAUCCUGGCAUCACAAGAUCAAUGCCAGAUGGGGUGAGGGACAGGUGGUCAGAAGAACUUGAGGAUACGUGUUCUAUUUCUACAGCUACAACAGGGGAGACAGAGUCAAUGGCAGACACUGGACCAAUCAGCAUCAUUCUAACAGACAUUAUCCAGCGGGCUGGUAGAGAUGUCAAUGACUUGAUGCACAAGUUCCACCACUGGGACGUCGAGGAAUGUGGCGUGUCUGGGAUGAAGGCGGAUGAAGUUCCACUGGGUCCAGCUUCAUUGGAGAAAGUCAAUGACUAUCUGGAUUCCUUUUUUGCAAGCAAAGCAGUGCACACUGAAGAAAGGGCUCGGGAAGCAUCAGACAUCAGAGGUAGAGGACUUCCAAAAAAGUCAAGAGACCAAAAGCAGAAAAAACAAGUUCCCCUUGACUCUAAUGCGUACACCACUGGAGAAAUAGUUGACGCCGUGCGCAGCUUCCUUCCCUCCAUGUUGGAUGUGGUUCGAAAUGCUCCUGUGAAGAACAUGUUAGAAGACAGCAACUCUGAGGAGACCUGCAUUGACUCUGUGGCUGUUAUAAAGGACAGUGUUGGUGACGUCCCUUCACAAAGAACACUGUCCAGCUGCGCUACAAGAUCAGUGGACAACAGGAUACCAUCUCCUCCUUUUCCUUCUCCCCCUCCCCCCGGGGAGUUAACAGGUGUCAGCAUCACGUUAAGGACAACUGACAUUCUUGAUGAGUUUACGACUGCUGCCGUGACUGAGACAGAGGAAACAUCCACCUUGGAAGCAAUAGAGACUUCGUCUGAAGCUUUUGAGGAAACACACUAUUUCCCUGAGACCAAAUCGUCCCACAGACACUUGUCAAGGUCGAAGAAGAGCAAAACAUGUAGCACGGUGGCGACUGUACAAACUGAUAAAAAUCUCUUCAGCUUUGCUCAGGCUUUGUUGGAUGGCUUCAUGAGAGCUGAUCCCACCAUUAAAAUGCCCACUCCUGAUGUCACGCAGAUAUGUUCAAAGGCCCUGCAAGAAGAACCCUACAAGACCUGUCCACCUCUGCCACAGGAAGAACCAAACGCCUGGUCCUCAUCCACCCUCUCUACAACGUGUGGGGAUAGUCCACAAACAACCUCUGUUUCUUUGGAACCAAGAGCAGCAGCAUUAGGGGACACCACCCUGAAAGACACUAGCCCCGCCCCACUGGAUGGAGUUAAGAAUGACACUGUUAAAAACCAAAGUGAACUAGUUAACCUGGAGGAAACAGACAGUCGCGGUGAGACUGGUGAAGAUGUUACUGAAGGAUGUGAAGUCAGACCUUCUCCUGCUUCAUGGUCCCCCACCACUGUGGCAGAAACAGACGACACUCCACCUGCUGUUGGUUUAAAUAUAGAGGGUGGAGUUUGUCAUGACAUACAGCCUACUGUGCCAAGAGAUGUUGAACAUGUUGUAGUGUCCAGCAGCUUCUGUUCUGGACCAGAGGCCAGCAGGAACUCCACGGUUCCUCCCACUCCUGUUCCUGCAACAUUAACUGACGGCAUCACUACAUCCAUCUGGGACGGAGAUGUCACCGUCCCUGCUGAAGACCAGGUGGACACAGAUGUCACUGACAUUACAGACAGUUGCUGUGAGGCCUCUGUACAGACCAAUCAUAUAUGUGCAGAUGGAGCAGGACACGUUGGAGAUGAAGACCAUGUAGAUAGAAUUACCUUGGACUGUACAUUAUCGCCCCCUGCUUUAUCUUUACACACUGCUCAGAUAGUAAAUAAUGACCACCUAAUCAGUUUCACCCAGGCUCUGCUGGACGGGUUUAUGACAGUGGAGUCUCAGACAGCAGCACCCACACCUGAUGUGUCCCACAUCUGCUCUAUAGCAGUACACUGCUCCAAGCCUGAGCCACAGGGUGGCAACAACUCCAUCGGUCCAGACACAAGACCACUGACCGAACAUUCCGCCGUAGUCCGGCCUAUUUCACCGCCCACUGAAGACAUCCCAGCCAGUAUCCCAACUGGAAUCACUCCAGGUGAAAGGAGAAAAGAUGAACAUGACACCUUCACAGCCGAGGUGACAGGAAGUCAAUCCUUGGUGUUUGAUGAGACCUGUGGUCUCCCUCUCCCUGUGUCUGAGACCAGAGAUGAGGAUACAGUCCAGGUCAUGAGACUGUCGCCUGGCCACUCCUGCAGGUCAGCUGAGAGAAGAAAGAAAACUCCAGAACACGUGUCCUUAGAAAGUAGAGAAACAGAAUUUAUAAAUAAAACAACACUGUUCAGAUCAAAGGGCAGAGGAACAACACAGACAACUGUUCCCAAACUACUAACCCCUGAAGAAGAGCUAGACAUCUCAGUUAUGAGGAACAGGGCUUCAAGUGCUGAUCCUCAAAAUGAGAAAGACACAUCCCACCAUGAGGCUGAUGACAGUUGCUUUGAGGCAUUAAGUGAUGCCACCGUUCCAGGAAUUACCCCAGCUAUGUUAGGUAGGGUCCCAAGGACUGCUGACGACAAAGACGUUGAGACCUUCAAACCUAAGGUAGAAGAGCUUUAUCUAGGAACAUAUGAAGAGACCUGUGUUGUACCAGAAGACACUGGACCUUAUGAAAGUCCAGCUAAAAGAUCACCCUCUACCACUGGUCUACAAGGCAGCAUCCAAUCCUUGGAUUUCUCCACAUCAACCACAGCUGAAAAGGAGGAGAUCUCCAUCAGUGAUGUAGCAGACAGUGGCUCUGAGUUGUUUCAGAUGACCAGCAUUAUUUCCUCAUCUAUGUCCAAAGAUAGUGAGGAUAAAGAAAUCCCUGAAGAAAUACCAUCGUCCAGACGGAGUACAAGAUCAGAGGUGAGCAGACAUUCUACCAGAGUAGACAGAACUAGGAGUUCCCAACCCUGCACCAGUCUUGAUGUGGAGACCGUCACAGUCCCUGAGACGUAUCAUCUUUCUUCACACUCUGCUAGUGUAGAGAGAAACAGGAAAGAUUGUUCUGCACCUCCUGCUAAGACCUUUGCUCAGCCUUUGUCAAGUGUCACCUCCUCUGCUGAGGCAGAGAUGUGCUCUGGCUUUAAAGACACUGAAAGUGUGGUACUGUCAGAGCCUGGUGAAAAUAUCCAAGUCCCUGACAAAGAACCAUCGUCCAGUCGUUCUGCCAGAUCACAGGAUGCCAGGAAAUCUGUUUUUUCUGUACCAACCAAUGCAUCAGCCACUGACGACAGACUUCCAUGCCUCACUCCUGCUAUCUUUGAGGCCUCCUUAUGCAGUUUUUCCCAAGCUGUCUUAAAUGGGCUGCUGAAAGCUCUAGCCGAGACCGACGCGGAGACGAUUGCUUCCGAGUCAGUUGUGGCGGACAGUUGUUCUCACACUUUUGACAGAAUCAUGACUCAAGUUGGUCUGGACAAGAAUGUAGCCAAAAGUAAACCCAGGAAGGAACCCGGACCUUUUUCUUUGAGGCAAAGAAACAAAGUGCAUCCACUUCCACUGGAAACUUGUAACCUAUAUUCCCAAUCUUGUCCAAGGACAUCAUUCACCACAGAGGGCCGACUACUGUCGCCAUGCCAUGGUUUUCAGGAAAAAGACAAAAAGAAGUCCACAUGGAGAAAGUUUUUCAAUUUAAGGCAUAGGAAUAAGGUCCAUUUGCAGCAACAGGAGUUUUCACAAUCAUAUUCCCACUCUCUUCAACCCUUUUCCACAGAGGAACAUGUUCCCUGUGAAGAUAAAGUCAGUGAGAUCCAGGACAAGGACAGUAAGCAGAGAUCUGUGUGGAGACAGAUUUUUGGUUUAAAGCCGAAGAACAAGAUACAUUCUCUACAAACAUAGUUUUACAGAAGAAGAUGAAAAAGGAUUCCUGUCCCAGGAAUCCCACUACAAAACCAGCUGUUGGAGACUGGUGACUUCCAUCCACACACAUCUACUGUCUUUAGAGAAUAACCUUACAUCACAAAACAAAACAUGAAUAAAAACAGAAAAAACCCAACUCAAAAUAUAUUAUUAUAUUUCAAAAUAUAUAAACAUCUUUGUUAUUAUUAUUUAUUGUUAAUUCCCUUUUCAAGGAAGUGACAUCAGUCCCAACAGCCUGGUUUGGUGUGUCUUUCAAUAUCUAACCACAAUUCAUCAACUAAAGGUUCUGAUUUAAUGUCUUUUCUUAAUCUAAUGUAAAAUAAUCAAAAGUGUUUUAAUGUGUCCGGUGUAAAAUCAAAUAAAACCAAAUAACGUUUUGGACUGAGAGCGUUUUGAUUUCCUCUACAUCCUCAUGAGUGCACCCAAUAAUAAUCAAAUGACGUGCAAAAUAGUUCAAAGUGCAGUUUAUAAAUUAAUUAUCUAUAACCCACUUUAAGUAUUUUCGUGCUACGGUCGCUAUUUGAUUCAGCAUCAGACGAAACAUGUUGCGUAUGAAAUAGUUUUGUAUUCUUUCCUGUUCAGACCAACCCACUUAUGUGACCACUUAUGGCGCCCUCUUGUGGAAUAUUUUACUUUGUCCCGAAUGCCAGCGUCUAUAUUACACUAUACUACAUUACAUAAAAAAUUAAUAAACUAU